CGGUGAAUUUCAUUUCAGGAAUCUCCCUUUAAAUUGCGGUGAAAUAUACAAGGAAUUUCCUUAGUGAAAAAGGAAACUGCAUCACAUUAGUAGAGCUUUGAUUCGUACAUGAAUUCUUUAAUAGAAGUCGUUUAUAAAUUGCGCAAACAUUAAAUGGGAAAAUCAAUGGAAAACUGAACAUUUCAGUAACUUUAAAGAACUGAAUCGGGCUGACUUUUUGCAAUGGCAAAGAUCCUUUGUAAACCUGUAUAGACUGUUCACAAUAGACUGAAUGCUUUUACUGAUUACCACUGCACCGGCUCCUUUCAUUUGCUCGGGUUUUAGUUACCAAUAGUUUUUAAGGAAUCAGGGCUAAUUGUGCCUUUUCAUUUGUCCCAUUCAUUCAACCAACUCUCCGACGAUUAUUUAUGCUUAAAUAUAAACGACGACUUUCUUUAGCUUCAUUACAAUGACACAAACGUUGAACAUUUCGGGGAUGUUUAGCUAAUAACUGACCGAUUAAUUUUAUUCUGGCUUGUCGAUGAAUUGCGUGUUCAUGGGCAGAGUUCUUCGCUCUAUAUUUCCUCAUUUUUUAUAGGCUUCACAUAAAUGUAGUCCAUAAUAACGGCCGAAAAGCCUCUACUCUGCUAGAUGGCCGUUUACAUAACUCACCACCGCUAACAAGGGUAAUAUUUUUUCAUUGUUAAAACAAGAAUCUACGAUCCUAGCGAACAAUAUAACGUCUGGAUCUCCAAAAAGCACGUGGUUUCAAUGAUUCUGCGCCGCUUUAAAUGCAAUCCGUAGUCCCGGAUUUUCGUCAGAAUUUUCGCGGUUGCCGGAAAGAACGGCACGUGUCGCUCCAGAGUUUUCAAAGUUACGAUGGCUUUUCCGAACAAACUCGCGAUGUUCGUGCGUAAACUUUUUUUGGUUUUUGUUGUUUCAACUGCUCACAGUGGCGGCUAUUUUGGUGCUUAUGGACGGCACGUUCGAAACAUUGAACCCAAUGGGAUAUCGGUUCUCAACGGGGCCGAUUCUAAUCAAGAUUCACUCCCCAGAUUCACUGAGCCAGUCCUAAAUGUAACAGUGACCGUAGGCAGAGACGCUUUACUAGCCUGCGUCGUGGAUAACCUUAAGGGAUUUAAGGUUGCUUGGGUUCGAGUAGACACCCAGACCAUUCUGUCCAUCCACCAUAACGUUAUAACGCAAAAUCCACGAAUUUCGCUAUCUUACAACGACCAUCGCUCAUGGUACUUGCAUGUAAAGAACGUCCAAGAAGUGGAUCGAGGAUGGUACAUGUGUCAAGUUAACACUGAUCCUAUGAGAUCCAGAAAAGGGUAUCUCGAAGUAGUUGUUUCUCCAACUAUCAUAGAUCAGGAAACCAGUUCCGACAUGGUGGUCCUUGAGUCGACAAAUGUCAGUCUGACUUGCAAAGCUACAGGAUAUCCUGAACCGUAUGUGAUGUGGAGAAGAGAAGACGGCGAAAUCAUACGCUACAAUGGAGAAAAUGUGAACGUCGUUGAUGGAGAAGUUUUGUUCAUAACGAAAGUCAGCCGCUUGCACAUGGGGGUAUAUCUCUGCAUCGCCUCCAACGGAGUUCCCCCAUCGAUAAGCAAGAGGGUCCAAUUGAAAGUACAAUUUCCUCCAAUGCUGUCCAUCCCCAAUCAACUGGAGGGCGCUUACAUCGGCCAAGACGUCACUUUGGAGUGCCGCACGGAAGCGUUUCCAACUUCGAUCAAUUACUGGACGACUGAACGAGGGGACAUGAUUAUCUCAGGUAGUGAUAAAUAUGAGGCAGUUUCCACCGACAACGGCUACAAAAAAUACAUGAUGCUCAAAAUACGAAAAGUGAGCAAGAAUGACUUCGGUUCUUACAAGUGUGUAGCAAAAAACUCCCUUGGGGAAACGGACGGUGUUAUCAAAUUAGAAGAAAUUCCGGCACCAACUACUAUCAAGAUCAUCACGCAUCAUAGUACAUCUCAAAUCAAAAAAGGUACGUCAGUGCGAGGAGAAGAUUCCAACUCGGAGAACAAGUUCGACGAAUCCACGAUAGCAGAGUACGAAUACGAGAGCGAAUAUACACUGCCAUCGAAUGGGCCUCCUCCCAUAAAGGAGCCUCCUGUAGGAGGGUCAGCUGGCUCAAACGUAUUCGCCACUGUCUCCAGCUUGCUCUUGUACGUAAACCUUUACUUAUUCGUAUGUUCCUAUCUCUAUAAACUAGUUUUAAGGUGAAUUUAAGUCUGAAAAUUCCUGGAUCUUGAAGAGUCAAUUUCAUUAAAGAAUAUUUUUUUAUCUUUUGUCAAAAGUAGCUUAAACGAAUUUUGCUAUAUGAUUUCUAGUAAUAAACCAAGCCUUCGUUUGCUAUUUGUAGGUUUAGAUAUUAAUUCAUAACUUUUCAGUAAUAACUGUAUUCGUUAAUGAAAAUAUCGCUCUGAAGAUGUCUUUGAAUUCUCAAAGCCCUGAAUAGUUUGUAGGCCCUUUUACAAAACUGAUUUAAAAUGUAAACUAAUUGUCGUCAAAGGACGUACUUUAAACUCAACGAUCUCGUCAUGAAACUUCAAGCUCGAUGUAACAGUUUCUGGUAUUAUAACUCGGUCGUUGGAAUCAGUGAGUAAAAAAGUUGCCUCAUCGACAUAAUUGUAAAAAUGCUCAGAACGUGUAGAUGUAUAUUUAUAUUUCAGGACGAAAAUGGGAAUAUUUUCUUAAGUGUGAGUGUAGAUAGUUAGGAGAUAACUUUUGUGUGGUUUAGUAAAUUGUGUAUUAUCUAUUAUCUGUGUAUUGGUGUAAAAGGGCCGUUUAUUGUUAGGACUUAGACAAUAUCGAUGUAAAUUGUAUAUUAAUGCAUGAAGGGUUUUUUUAAAGUGGUUGCAAUAUGUAUUCUGGCGUAAAAUUUCCAAAAAUCCCCAAUAAGAGUUACAAAUCCAAAUUGACCAGGUUAAAUCAAUCAAUUGUCAGUUUUACCUAAUGCUUUAACGAGAAAAUAUCGAGCGCUGCUUUUUAAUUUGAAAUGAACAAGGCAUAAGCCAGAGCACCUGCAAUCUGUAAAUGCAAAUCCUGUUUUAAGUUUGAAAUUAGCAGAUACUUCAGUUUAUCUUAAUGUAAAUACCUUGGAAGAUCUAACAUUUCAACUCCGGCAUUUCCCAGAUAACGAGAAAUUUAAUCAGCAUUUUAAAUGGCUGUCGUGGGUUGGUUAUUACCUUGAAUAAAUGAGCAAGAAGGGGCAUACAGGAUCAAAAUGGGGGAAUAUAUUUAUAUUAAUGAAGGUGUUAAUGUGAUGGUGGCUAGACUUUUUCAGGUCCACUAAAUUGCCGCCUCUGUAAUUAAUCGAAAAUAUCCCCUCAAUAAAUCAUGAUCAAUACAUACGGUUGUUCUUGGAACGCUUACUAAUUUUACGUGCAUACUCCUUUUUAUGGCUUAUUUCAAAUACCGCCAGUUCAGAACGCCCAUAAAAUUGCCAAUGACAUAGGGGAUAAAGUAACACUCCGUUUAACGCUUCGAAGGUUUGCUUUUCGAGAAUAUUUGAAUUUUAACACUUAACAAGUAGUUCUCGAACAUCGAAUAUGCUCUUGACUCUUCGACUUUCUCAUCAUUAAACAGCUUCAAAAGUCUCUGAUUUUAGUCGACGUUUAAUGGCAUUUUUUGCGAUGGCUUUAUUUCCGAGAAACAUUUGGUUUAAAAUUUUUCCUUCUGGGGCAAAUAUCUUGCUCUUGCAAAUAAGCGGAUUGUCUGGCGUAACCGGAGAUGUCUGUCCCAAGCUAUUUGGCAUUAAUAGAGACGUUAUUUUGAAAUUUACUGAUGUCCGCGGUUAGAGCCAAUUUUCUUCGCAAGUUUGAGCGUUUCUUGCCGGCAGUUAAAAAAAUAUACUUUCGUUGAACCAGAUAUUAGUGUUACCGCACGGUUUUAAAGAAGUUUUAAUUACUGUUUAAGGUUAAUUAAUCAUUAAACUUCCGUUUCGCCCGAAGGACAAGCAAUAGAAAAAGAUCGACAGUUAUUUCGUCACUGCCAGAAAAUUUGCGACAGUCUAUGUCUUGUGUAAUUCAUGUUGGGCUAUUUAAAAAACCUAUUUUUAUACCAGAAUACACGAUUUUGUUUGUGUAACAUAUCGACGAAGCUGAGACUGAAAUUAGGUAAAAUCAUUGUAAAUACUGUAAAAAGUCUAUCGCAAAUUGUGCAAUGAAACUGUCAUGCGCCUGUUUCUAGUCAGGACGUUAAACAAUUGUUGUAAUCAAAGUCGCGUAAUUUUUAGAAAAUCUGACUACAAAUAUGUGCAUGUUUAGCUAAAAUAAAAAUGUAAAUUAAAAGUACAAAGUGUAUACUGUAAACGCUAGGCUUGAAAAGAAAAUCGCACUUGCGCAGGGUGAGCAAAUUUGAUGUGAUUAGAAGAAUUUUUCGAACUUGCUGGAACAUUAAGUUCGCAACUUCCAAGUUUUGCUUUGGUCCAGGUGAAAUCCUUCAUGUUGUGUAAAAAGCAUUUAAUGUAAAUAGCUAGAAAAUAAGACCGUUCACACAUGUAAUACUGCCCAGAAGAAAUAUUUUUAGCGAUUUUGCUCAUUCUAUGCAUGCAGCGAUAAAAUGAAGAAACUGCUGAUCUAAUAUUAAACCCAUUAGUAAUCAUUGAAUUUAUAUUGUAUUAAGUUUGGAAUCAUGUAGGAUUAUUAAGUAGAUUUCUUAGGACUGAAAGUUGCAAUCAAAGUUCUUCUCAACUACUAGCAGAAUGCGUGGUGCAAGCACAGAUUAUUUUUUCAGACUUUUUCAUUCAUUUUCCUCUAAAUUAAAUGCUUUCGGAUAUGCGCUUUGGAAGCUACGCCCAGUUGGUUAAGACUAAUAGGUCCGAAACCGAUCCCGGGAGUGCUUUGCUCACUUUGGAGUGUCAUAAAUACGUUUGUACCACGCAUUUAUGACUGAGAAAUCCGUCAAAACACUAUUUUCCAUACUAGCAGAAUGUUAUCACAUCCAACAUAUCAAUGGGAAAGUUGUGACUCCAGUUAAAGUCGGUAUCGAACGUUAAUUUCGACGAUAUUCUACAAAGACAUCAUUAUGUAGCAUUUUAUCAUAUUUGUACUAUAGAUCCUCGUUGAACAAACUUUUAGCCCUAAAUGUAUAUUUAAAUCAAUGCCAAAAAUAGAUAUAUUCGUAAAUGCA